AUGGCAAUCAGCAAGAACAGGAAGAAAAGGAUCAGGAAGCGGCAGCGGCUUCAAGCCGAAGCUGAAGUGUGCAAUUCAGAGACGGUGGAAGCUGGAGCAUGUGGCAGCUCAGAGACUUCGAAAGAUGGAAGGGAGGAGCAAACCCUUGAUGGGGAUCAAGCUCCUGAUGUGGAUCUUUUGAGAGAGCUUCGAGAGGAGCUUCGUCAAGUUAGAGGUGAUUUGCUCCUGUUGAGCAAGUCCAACAAAGGCUUCUUGAUUCAACUCCGCCGGGCCCACAGCUCCAACGCAGCCCUUCAGAAGAAGCUAGACGACAAGAGCCGGAUGUUUGAGAAAGAGCAAGAGUUCAAUGCAGCUCUUGUGGAUGGCUUCCGUCAGAUCGGUACACGGACAUGCACCGAAGCUUCUGGCAGGUAUGAGACAGUUGCUUGCUGGGAGUAUCUGGAGCGAGAGCCAGACUCAUGGAGACGAUAUCUCCCGGAUGCGGAACAGUCCAUAGAGGAAGCGCUGACUAUCAGUGGAUCGGGCUUCAGGUGUUUCAUCAACUUCUCUGCCAUGACGCAGACAAAUGUGGAGACAAGAAAGAUGCGUGCUAUACGCAGACGAGAAAUUCCGUUGCACGCCGAUGCCGUGCUCAAGAUGACAACCGAAACCCAGCACUUGCGUGGAGAGAACCAGCACUUGAACGCGGUCCUUCGCAAGAAGGCUGACGAGAUCCACGAACUGGAAGAUGACUUUUUCGGACAGGCAAAGACAUUGCAAGAUCAUUCUUUCAAUUCCCAGCUUCCCCCGAAGCCGCUGGAUGAGUCGGCGAGGAGUUGGUUCACCCCUCAAAUCAGAAUCUCUGCCUUCAAGUGCGAGGUCCAGCCGGGCUGGGUCGACAUGAACGAAUACCUGCUUUAUCACGGGGACUACUUUGUGCAACACAGAGCAAAUCGCUAUCCGACUCAUGCAGAUGUGGCGCAGGAUGAGGUCAAUCCCGAUGACAGGACCGCAGAGCUUCAGGCCAUCCACCAAGCUUUCCAGAAGGACAAGCGCAGCUAUUGCGACGAGUCUUUCCCUCCAACAAAACAGGGGCGCGUCUCGAGGUGGUGCAGGCCUCAUGAAAUCGGUGCCCACGACGACCGCAUCCUUUGGCGUCGCGAGGACUGGCAGCUCUUCCGUGGCACUCCCAGUGCCGAUGACGUCCAGCAGGGCGAGUUAGGAGACUGCUGGUUCCUCUCUUCGCUGGCUGCCAUGGCCGAGUUUCAGGGCGGCAGGCUGGUGCAGAGGUUGCUCCCGGAUCAGCGUCAGUUCAGUCGAGCUGGGGCCUACCUGGUGCGACUCUGGCUUGGUGGCCGCUGGCGGGAUGUCAUUGUCGAUGACCGCCUGCCAUGCAUCGGCAAUGGUUUCGGGACGUACACGCAGCUGGCGUAUUGUGCGACAGGGAAAUGUCAACUCUGGGCCAGCAUCAUUGAAAAGGGCUUCGCGAAAGCCUGUGGCUCCUACGAGGCGCUAGCUGGCGGGGAGGCCGAGGAAGCGCUGACGAUCCUCACCGGCUGGCCCUGCGAAGCCAUCCAGUUUGAAAAAGAGGAGUUUGAUGCCGACAUCCUAUGGGCAACGGUCUGCACGUCCAGAGAUGCGAAGUUCCUCAUGACGGUAUCUACACGGUCCAACAAGUCUCGAAGUGAGGAGGACAUUCGUGCAGCCGGGCUCGUUCCGAACCAUGCAUACUCUCUCAUCGAUGUUUUCGACGUACUGGACAGUCGUGGGGACAGGCUACGCUUGCUAAAGAUCCGGAAUCCCCACGCCAAGGAUCGAUGGCGCGGCAGCUGGUCCGAGACGAGCCACUUGUGGACUCCUGAGCUUCGUGAGCAGCUGGGCUGCCAGAAAGCCAGUCAGGCUGGCAUGUUCUUCAUGUGCUUUGGCGACUUUUUGAGAUGGUUCGAGCGCUGCACCAUCUGCAAGGUGCGAAGUGACGGCUGGCACAAGGUUCGAAUGCCGACAGAACUACCUGGCAGCUUGGUCCUGCCCAGCUCAGGCUGGCUGCUCACUGUUUCCGAGACCACAGAGUGCUGCCUGACCGUCGCACAGCCACAGGAUCGCGCCAAACCUGGACCAUUGUUCCGAUCAUUGAACUUGGGCCCGAUCGUCGUGGCUGGAUUCGUCCUGGUUGAAGCUUCAAGCCCGCAGAAGCUCAGCGUGGCUGCAGUCGGCCACCCUCGCUCCAGGGCUGUGGUAUCUGCCGACUGCUGGCUGAAGCCAGGCGUUUCCUACUUCCUGCUGCCGCUGAGCCUGCACGAGAACACGGUCAUGCCGGUGGUCUUCUCCUGCUUCAGCCGCAAAGCAGUGCAGAUCAAGGAGCACACGUUCUCCGAAUCGGCCGUGCUGGCUUCGUGGGGUGCCUUCAUCAAGUCAUCGGAUCCAUCGCCGGACAACUUCCAUGGCGCAAAGGUCUACACGGCCAAGAGUGGAGGUGGCAUGGUCGCUUGCAUGGCCGAGAACCACAGCCGUGGUCACUUUGCAGCCGAGUUGACCUUCAACAGCAUUGAGGAUGGCAAACUCCUCUUCUCAAGGCGCAGCGGGAUCACCAAAGAUUGGGUCGCGCCGGGACAGGCUCAGAUCCUGCAGGUGGUGCUGCCGCAAGGCUGGGGUGGGGGCUGGCGGAGCAACCAGCGCUACGAGAUGCGAUUCGUACGGUCGGGCCAGGCCCUGAACACGCCGGACCUCGGCUUCGGCUGUGCAAAGCUGCACAAGCCCUUCAGUCUCUAUGCUGGACAGGCAAAAGCUGGAGGCCAAGCCAGAGAGGUGCUUAACAAAUGGCUGCCGUGGUGA